GGGCGGAGUUUGGGGCCUGCGGCCUUUGCUUUUAUUUAUUCGGGGCCUGACGAGGGGAAAAGCGAGCGAGCGAGGCCGCCUUUGCGAGGAGGAUGGCUGCUGCUGCUGGGCUCCUGAGGAGACUGGCCCCUGGCCUGCAAGGGCGGGCGCCGCCAUUUUGCCUCCUUGGGCCGGGGGCCCUUCAUCGUAGCGGGGCCUGGGUUGGCUUGUGGCGAGGGGCCAAAACCGACAACAGCCCGGCGGAUAAGAAUCAAGCUUCUUUGACAAGAUAUGAUGAAUCAAGAAUUACUACUGAUUGGCAGAAGAAAUUGACUCCUGAGCAGUUUUAUGUCACCAGAGAAAAAGGGACUGAACUGCCUUUUAGUGGAAUUCAUCUGACUAACACGGAGCCUGGGAUGUACCACUGUGUGUGCUGCAAUGCCCCACUAUUCAGCUCAGAAGCAAAGUAUGAUUCUGGCACAGGGUGGCCCUCUUUUUCAGAAGCCUAUGGAACACAAGGAACAGAUGAAAGUGAUACUAAUAUCAUGAGGCGGCCUGAUAAUGCAUCAGGAUUGAGCCGGACAGAAGUCAUUUGCAAACAGUGUGAUGCCCAUCUGGGCCAUGUGUUCAGUGAUGGUCCCAAGCCAUCUGGGCAGCGGUUCUGCAUCAACAGCGUUUCAUUAACAUUUAAACCGAAUUCAAGACAGUGAGGCUUGGAUAUUUACAUUGUAUGUUAAAAGUGCUUUAAUACUCAGAAUUCUCUUGACAAAGUGGACUACCUUGAAAAUGGAUCAGGAGCCAGGUGCCUGUAGCUAAUGUGUCUAUUUUAUGUAAAUACUUGUAUAGUGAAGGCAGUUAAUUAGCAUUUAUGUAGCCAGUGCCAAGCCAUUGAUGUGAGAUUUGUUGUGUUUAUUCUGUAAUGGAAUAUGCUUCUUUGAUGUAGCCAGCCCAGUCUGUGGAUUCUGUAUACGCAUGCAGAGCUCUUUUACUAAGAGACUGUUGUAUUAAAUCCUGCACAAACAUCAAAGAACAAACAGUAUGUGUAUAUUACCAUAUAUAAGAACACUAUGUUUAUAUUCUGUUACAUAGAAAAUUAUUUUUUUCAAUCAAUUAAAGGUGGUUACUUGAUUACUGAACUUAUUCUGUACAAUGUGAUCAAGCAGAUGCAAAUAAAUAUGCCAAUUUCCAAAACUUAAA